AUGCCUGAGAGUACCGAAGCUACGAAGCUGGCUCAGCGCGCAUUGAAAGAACAUGGACCCUUGAAAGAGGUAGAGCCCAACAUUGUCGGCAUCGAUGGGCAUCGCUUUCGUAUCAACUAUGGAGUGCCGCAAGAGGUUACAGAUAGACUAAAUGCGCUCUGUGAUCAGGAUGAAGUCAAGUACGAGGAUAUCCCUGAUGAUUUGAAGGCAUAUGAGGUCAAGGAGGACUCGAAUAAUGGCAAGUAG